AUGAUGGAAGAUGUACAGGCUUCGUCACUCACUGAGUACAUGGUUGGCUAUAGUGUGGCAACCAUUACUAGAGGUUGCCACAGUGCUGGACCAUUACUACAGGUUGCCAGAGGAGGUGAUCACAAUAGAGCAAGGCCCAGACGACACCACGUGUGGCAGACACCCCUGUGGCAGACACCACGUGUGGCAGACACCCCUGUGGCAGACACUAGUGUGGCAGACACCCCUGUGGCAGACACUAGUGUGGCAGACACCCCUGUGGCAGACACUAGUGUGGCAGACACCCCUGUGGCAGACACUAGUGUGGCAGACACCCCUGUGGCAGACACUAGUGUGGCAGACACCCCUGUGGCAGACACUAGUGUGGCAGACACCCCUGUGGCAGACACUAGUGUGGCAGACACUAGUGUGGCAGACACCCCUGUGGCAGACACUAGUGUGGCAGACACCCCUGUGGCAGACACCCCUGUGGCAGACACUAGUGUGGCAGACACCCCUGUGGCAGACACUAGUGUGGCAGACACCCCUGUGGCAGACACCCCUGUGGCAGACACUAGUGUGGCAGACACCCCUGUGGCAGACACCCCUGUGGCAGGCACUAGUGUGGCAGACACCCCUGUGGCAGACACUAGUGUGGCAGACACCCCUGUGGCAGACACCCCUGUGGCAGACACUAGUGUGGAAGACACCCCUGUGGCAGACACCCCUGUGGCAGACACCCCUGUGGCAGACACUAGUGUGGCAGACACCCCUGUGGCAGACACUAGUGUGGCAGACACCCCUGUGGCAGACACCCCUGUGGCAGACACUAGUGUGGCAGACACUAGUGUGGCAGACACCCCUGUGGUAGACACCCCAUGUGGCAGACACCGGCAGACACCGGCAGACACCCCGUGUGGCAGACACCCCGUGUGGCAGACACCCCGUGUGGCAGACACCGGCAGACACCCCGUGUGGCAGACACCCCGUGUGGCAGACACCGGCAGACACCCCGUGUGGCAGACACCGGCAGACACCGGCAGACACCCCGUGUGGCAGACACCCCGUGUGGCAGACACCCCCGUGUGGCAGACACCGGCAGACACCCCCGUGUGGCAGACACCGGCAGACACCCCCGUGUGGCAGACACCCCGUGUGGCAGACACCGGCAGACACCCCCGUGUGGCAGACACCCCAUGUGGCAGACACCCCGUGUGGCAGACACCGGCAGACACCCCGUGUGGCAGACACCCUGUGUGGCAGACACCCCGUGUGGCAGACACCGGCAGACACCCCGUGUGGCAGACAACAUUGUGA